AUGGGAAAUACAGAUGGUGUCAGUAGGGAGUUAGAAAUUUUGAGAAGAUUAGAUCAUCCAGGUAUUGUGAGACUACGAGGAUUUUAUGAAGAUGACGAUAGUUAUUAUCUUGUUAUGGAAUUUGUUCCUGGUGGUGACUUAAUGGAUUUUGUCGCAGCACAUGGUGCUGUUGGUGAGGAAGCUGCUAAAGAAAUUUGUAAGCAAAUCUUACAAGCUAUUCAAUAUGUCCACUCUUUGGAAAUUUCCCAUAGAGAUCUGAAACCAGACAACAUUUUGAUUGCACAAGAUGAUCCAGUCUUGGUGAAGAUUACAGAUUUUGGGUUGGCUAAAAUAUCGGAUACUGGUACUUUUAUGAAAACAUUUUGUGGUACUCUAGCAUACGUUGCACCAGAAGUUAUUGAUGGAAGAUUGUCUAAAAUCACCGAUAGCAACAAAUACUCAUCAUUGGUUGAUAUGUGGUCAUUGGGAUGUCUUGUUUAUGUUAUUUUAACUGCACAUUUACCAUUCAGUGGAAGUACCCAAGAUCAACUUUACAAACAAAUCCAACAAGGUUCAUACCAUGAACCACCUUUGAAGGAAGCUGGUGUUUCCAAAGAGGCUAGAAGCUUUCUAGAUUCUUUAUUACAAGUUGAUCCUAGGUUCAGAUUGACCGCUUCUGCCGCUUUAUCUCAUCCUUGGAUUGCAAGUUUUUCUCAAAGCAAUUCUCAAAUCUCUCUAUCACAAUCUCAAUCACAACAGCAAAGACUUGAAGCCGAAAAAUUACAUUUUGAUGAGUUUGAAAAUAAAGAACGAAUGGAAAAAAUAUUAGAGGAUCAUGUUUUCAAAGUUCCAGCACCACCUAAUCCGAAUAAAAAGAAGGUUCCACAAAAGGAUGAUCAAGCAUCACAAGCAUCACAACAGAAAACAACUCAAAUUGCAGAAAGAUCACCUUCGGAAGAUCAAUCAUUCGAUAGAACAUCACUAAUAGAAAAUGAAACAUCAGUUGUCAAGUCUGAAGAUGGGGGAGUACUAAGACCAGAAACCGAAGUCACUACACAAUGUCCAGCUGGUACAUCUUUCACAUUAACACCAUC